AUGCCUUGUUCCUCCCCUUCCACACCUCAGACGUCUUCGAGUUGUGCUGGGAAUGGCGGCGGCAGCAAUGUGAGGAAGAGAUCAGGAAAGGGAAAGGGAGUAAGAGGUAGGAGGGGUUGUGAUGAGAGCUGUUUGGAACGGAUUGCGAAACAUCUGAAGGAGAUUGACAAUAACGAACUGACUGCGAAUGAAGGCCAAGAUGGAGGAAAGAGCGGAGGAUGUUGUGGUGAUGUGAAGUGUGGUGGUGAUCAGGAAGUGAAGAAGAAUGAGGCGGCGAAAGAGAUGGGUUGUGGUGAGGGUUGUGGUGAGGAGGAAGUGGUGAAGAAGGUGGACACGAGCUGUGAGACGGGAUGUUGCGGUGACGAGAAGAAGGAUGACACGAAGGUCGUCGCUGCCGGCGGAUGCUGUGGAGGUCAAGAGGCGGUGAAGAAGAGCUGUGAUGGUGAAGGCGAUGGCUGCUGCGACAAGGAAGAGACCGAUCAGGUAGACACGACUUGCGAGACUGGUGGUUGUCGCCCAAUGGACGAGGUGAAGAAAAAAGCUGUCGCUGCGAGUGGCUGCUGUGGCGAUAAAGCGGGCUGCAACGACGCCAUGUCCUGCGGCGGAAAGGUCAACAACAAGGCACAGAACAAGGGCUGCGAGACAACGUGCUGUGGCGCCGAAAAGCAGGCAAAGGAGAAAGUUCGCGACGUGGGAGGAUGCUGCGGUGCUGAGGCAGGUCCGAAGAACGCUUCAUGCUGCGAUGAGAAGCUGAACAACCAGUCGAACAUGGGCUGCAAGUCGGACUUUUGCACGGUAUCCACCGAAGUCAACAUCAAGAGCACUCCUGCGAGCGGAUGCUGUGCCGACAGAGCAGACAAUGAUGCUCAGAAGCCAUGCGACAAGAAGGAUCAGCCCAAGAACGCGUGCUGCGAAACGUCCACUGCAGUCACUACAAAGGCGUCCAAAUGCUCUGAUGCUUGCUGUGACGAGGUCGAGGAAGAUGCGUCCAGCAACACCGCAUCGGCCUGCCUGGAUCAGUUGCAGUCGGCCAUGCAGCGCUUCGAGGCCCUGCUGCGUCUCGGUCAAUGCCUGUGCCGCAAGAUGAUCGAGGAGUUCGAUUUCUGCUGCUGCUGCGAGGAAGGCUCGCCGUGCAACGCGCACAAGCAGUCCGAAGAGCCCGCCACCAAGACUUUGGCAAAAUCUACCGCCGGCUGUGAGGACGAUUGCUGUGUCCCCACCAAGGCUGGAUGUGGAGAGACCUCCUGCGCCGUGGGCGACAAAUGCAAGGUCACUUCGGUCGUCAAGAGUGUCCCUGUGAAAGACAAGUCUGCCGACGUAGACAUUGAGAUCUCGCCAGUGAAAGACCACGUGGCGCUCAGUGUUACUGGCAUGACUUGCACCGGCUGCAGCAAAAAGAUGCUCAAUGUCUUGGGCGACAUCCCAGGCAUAUCGAAUCCUCAUGUCACGUUUGUGUCGGGCAUGGCCGCGUUCGAUUUCGAUCCUGCUCAUGGUUCUGUGGAAGAAGUUUUGCCGCUGAUCGAGAAGCGGACGGGUUUCAAGCUGGGACGGAUUACUGCUGAUUUCCAAACGUUGGACGUACUUCUCAGCAAGGAAGCCGCUGAAGCGUAUGGGCGGGAGGACCGCCUUGGGCUGGAAUCUUUCGAAAAGGUCAAAGGAAAGAACAAGUAUCGUAUCACAUACGAUCCACGAGUCGCUGGCGCUCGCAGCGUGAUGCCAAAUGGAGCGGACCUGGCACCUCCCGAACCAGACGCAGCACACUCUGAAGGCCGCAAGCGACUCAUUUCAAUGGCAUGGGCAACUCUGGUCUCCGCCAUCUUCACCAUUCCCGUGGUCGUUCUGUCUUGGUCGGACAAUCCUGUGCCGGAGCGGACCCGCCAAAUCAUUUCCCUCGUCCUCGCUACCUUUGUUCAGGCUGUUGCCAUCCCGGAAUUCUACGUCGGUGCUCUCAAGUCUUUGGUCUUCAGCAAGGUUGUGGAGAUGGACAUGCUGAUCGUGAUCAGUAUCACGGCCGCCUACGGGUAUUCUGUUGUUGCUUUCGCACUUGCCGAGGCUGGGGUCGAGUUGGAGGAAGAGGCCUUCUUUGAGACCAGCUCGUUGCUGAUUACAUUGGUCCUGUUAGGCCGACUCAUGGCUGCAGCGGCACGCGUGCGCGCUGUCUCCGCUGUCUCGAUGUCGUCUCUGCAACGCGAGUCGGCUCUCCUGCUAACCACUGAUGGACGAACGGAAGAGAUUGAUGCACGACUGUUGCAGUUCGGAGACCUCAUCCGUGUGCCGGCGCAUACUUCGAUCGUCACAGAUGGUGUCAUCGUCGGUGGAUCGGGUGCCGUGGACGAAUCGAUGUACACUGGAGAAAGCGAGCCUGUCACCAAAUCGGAAGGCGACGCAGUCAUCGCAGGCACGAUCAAUGGCGCUACCAUCUUGGAUGUCAAAAUCAUGCGUUUGCCAAAUUCCAACAGCAUCUCGGACAUCAAAAAUCUCGUUCAGGAUGCCCUUGGAGCCAAGCCGCGAGUCCAGGACCUCGCCGAUAAGGUGGCCUCGUGGUUCAUCCCAGUGGUUUGCACCAUCUCGUUGAUCACGUUCGGCAUCUGGGUUGCCGUCGCUCUGGCCGUUCGCGAUGAGACUGGGGGCAGCGCUGUUGGCACAGCCAUUACUUAUGCCAUCGCUGUGCUUGCGAUAGCUUGUCCUUGUGCGCUCGGUCUCGCCGUUCCGAUGGUCCUUGUGAUCGCCGGAGGCGUUGCUGCUCGCUCUGGUGUUGCGAUCAAAAGCGUUGAUGCAUUGGAGCGAGGCUACAAGACGACCGAUGUCGUAUUCGACAAGACUGGAACUCUGACUUUGGCUGAUUUGGCUGUUGUGCAUGAAUACUCGCAGCCUGUUUCGGUUAUUUCGAAAGACCUCAUUGUUGCCUUGGCGAAGGCUCUCGUGACGGACAACUAUCAUCCCGUCUCGUUCGCCAUCAGUAAACAUUUGCAGGAUCACCUCGCGCCCGCCGUCAAAGUGGAGGGCGUGCAAUCUCUGCCCGGAUCUGGUAUUCAUUGCACCUGGCAGGGCCGUCAGGUACAAGCAGGUAACCCGCGGUGGCUUGCAGCCAGCAAUGACCCAGCUGUGAUCAAUAUUCUGGACAAGAGUCUCACGGCUUUCUGUAUGUCCAUCGACAACAAGCUCAUCCUCGCUUACGGUCUGCAAAGCACUCUCCGACCUGAAGCUCAGGCAGUCAUCGCCUCUCUUUCCGCUCGCCGCCUCCGGUGCCACAUCCUCAGCGGCGACAACCAGAAAGCCGUGCACGCCAUUGCCACAGCAGUCGGCAUUGAUCCGCUCCUCGUUCGAUCUCAAUGUACCCCAGCACAAAAGAAAGAAUACGUCGAAGCCCUGCAACGCGAAAAUCGGAUCGUUCUCUUUUGCGGAGACGGAACAAACGAUGCAGUCGCAGUCGCUCAAGCAAAUGUCGGAAUGCAGAUCGCCGCCUCCACUUCUCCAACCACCUCCGCCAAUUCUCCCUCCGGAACUGCAAGCGCCGUCACACAAUCCGUCUGCGACGUCACCCUCCUCGGCACUCAUCAUCCUCUCACCGGCAUCGAAUCUUUCCUUAAUAUCUCGAGGCGUUCGUUCAGACGCAUCGUAUUCAACUUCGUCUGGUCGGCUGUGUAUAAUGUCUUGGCCAUCUUGUUAGCUUCUGGGGCAUUGGUGAAGGUCAGAAUCCCGCCGGCGUAUGCGGGAUUGGGAGAGGUGGUUAGUGUGUUGCCUGUGAUUGUUGCGGGGUGGAGUUUGAUGUGGUGAGUGGAAGAGAAGAGAUGGGAGAAGAGGAGUGGAUAUUGAAAGCUGGAGGGACUGUGCGAAGAUGAGUGGGCCACAGGUGAAAAUCGAAGAAGGCUGUAGCUUAGCGACUCUGCCUUCUGGGGACCACGGGCAACAUGCGAAAGGCCGCCCGGCUAAUCAUGCAGCACAAUGUACACUCGUUCGUUCGGCGAUUAGCACGUGAAGUACACGUCUACGACAACGUGGACCCCAGG